AAAGUGCGUGUAGUACACAAACUGCACAGGAAAAAGGAUGUGUAACAGACAGAUUUGUUUACAGAGUUGUUUACAAACUCAAGGGAACAAUGCAGAUCCACAAAUUGAAUUUCCUAUUUCAUAUUACUAUAAAUUGUCAAGUUACUUCAUAAAAGACCACAAUACCACUACUUAUUUGUGAAUGUUAGUGAUAACUAACUGUUUCAAUAUGGCAAUCAAUAGCUGCCCAAUCUGCUUAAAACCUUUUUGCAAAUGAGCCAGCACCUCCAGGUGACCCACUCGAUAAAAAACUUGACUGAGAGUAAGCUGCUCCUGGCGCUGCAGUCGGGUAGGGUCAGUGUCCAAGAGAGAGCUGGACCGGAACCUAAAGUCUCAUGCAGAGCUCACGGCGGUAGCUCGCAGGGCAGCCGUGGCCAAGAUGAAAAGGAAAAAAAUCAUGUCGGACUUGGCUGCCCUGCGAGCCUCGGGACUGGAGGUUCCAAUGGCCUCCACGCUUGACCUGGAGAAGGUGGAGGACCGAGCUGAGAUGGCGAGCUGUGAGGAAGAAGCCUGUGAGCGGGGAGCUUGCCGCCAGGCGAGGGAGAUGGUGGCUGACCUCAAUAGUCAGGUAGAGACCCUCUCUUCCACAUUAAGGCAACUGACCCGUCCUUCCAGAAAAUGCAGCAGCGGUGGAAGAGGGGGCCUGCAGCGCACUUGAACCAAGUGACACGUAGGCUUAUGGGGUCGUUCCCGAUGACAGGGAGGAAGAUUUCAUGCCGCCUACCCGCUGCAGUAUCCAUCCACCCCGGCAUCCUACUCCUUACAGCAGUCAAAUUCACCUGGGUGCUCCGGAAAGUCCAGCCCUAACCCCCACUUCCCCGACCACAUCUCGGCCUUGAGUGAGUUUGAAUCUACCACCCGUCCCCCCUCGUAAAUUUCAUUGUGCUUUGUGUGUUUUUGAGCUAACUUGUCUGUUUUUUGUUCUCUCUCUCUGUCCAGACAUCCUGGUGGAGCAAUACCGAGAACAUUAAGAGGGACCUGAGCCCACCCCGAAGCUCCGGGAGAAUGUAAGCGGUAAAAUUUACCGCAUAUGAAAAUUUCUGGCUUCUCAUCAGCAAGGCCCUCUUGGAGGUUUGCAGAGAGCAGUCAAAGAAGGCGAUCAGUGAGAAACUCGAGCAGCUGGAGUCUGACAGGUCCCAAAAGACGCAGUACAUGCUGUACAGGUACAUGAUGGUGUUCCUGGCCUCCAUCUAUGGGCAAAGGUGCUGCGUUUAUCAGAACAUGACCAUUGAGGAGGUCAGGAACGCUGUCCAUUCGUCGGACACAUGGCUGAUAAAUGUCAACAUGGAUAAGACGAACCAGGCCUUCGGGCCUGCUCAGAUUGCCCUGAGCAAGGAGGAGUAUGCAUGGUUUACCCGAUUUUUGGAGAUCAAGAAUGAGCUUGUGGGCGGGCCUGGUGCUAAAUUCUUUUUCUUUACUUCCUCAACAAAGGCAUGUAAAAACCUCAACAAUUACUUUCAAGCGGUGUUGGUGGAUAUAGGGCUUCCAGGAAGCCCCACGUUCACAGACCUCCGGUCUGCCAUUGUGACAUGUAAGUUGUGGGGCCCCACCAUUUUUCCUGGACUGUUCUACCCUGUUUUGCCCCGUUCUGCUUCAAUCUGCCCCGUUCUUACCCGUCUGCAUCGUUCUUUCCCCAUUGUGAACUGUUCUGCCCCGUUCUUUCCCUGUUGUGAACUGUUCUGCCCCGUUCUUUCCCCGUUGUGCACUGUUCUGCCUCGUUUUAUCCCGUUCUGCCCCAUUUCUGCGAAAAAAAAUUAUUGUUGCUGUUGAUGAUGCUGUUGUUGCUUCCUGUUGUCUUUUUCAAUAAAUUUAAUCUUAAGUGUUGAAA